AUGGAAUCAGUUAAUUUUAAGCCGCUGUACGGAACAGAAACACGAACUAAAGCAGUAGAAUGCAUUCUAGAGCCACUGUUCACAAAAGUGAAGUGUUUUGCGAGGAGAGGUCACUUGAAAGGUUCUUACCGUCUUAAGUCUAAACCACAGGAGGAUAUUUUGUCUAGUGUCAAAGAGGUUAUUCAAUUGCUUAGUAACGAUUUCAGUGUUGUUCAGAGUGUUCCCUCAUUAUCGUCAGAUUUUUUAACUGCUAAAACAGAUGUUAUUGAUACUGGGCAGUAUUUUUAUUCUUCAGUUUCCAGUUUUCUGUCUGAUCCUGCAAAUGAAUCCCACCGGAGUGGUGUUUGUCGAGCUAUCAAUGCCUUUUUGGCUGCCUUGAGUAGACUACUUAUACUAGCUGAUAUAGCAGACUCCUUGGUUCUUAACCAGCAGUUCGAGGCCGUCCUCAGUGGUAUUGCGGAAUUCCAGUCAGUUUCGUCACACGCGGAACUGAAUCGUUUGUGGAUUACCUUUUACCCUCAUGUAUUACAACUUAUCAGCUUGUCAAAGAAACGUGCAUCUGAUCUAAUUGAUCUUGAAGACCGCAGAAAAAUUGAGUCUGCCAACUACGUGCUUAAAAAUAAUACGCCUUUAUUACAUAUAUCUUGUAAGGUGUGUUUACGCUAUCCUGAUCAUCCCAUUCCAAGAGAUUCAAGAACUUUUGUUUCGAAUUCUCUUUCGGAUGCAGUGGAGUUAAUUCAAUCAGUCUUUAAUGGAAUUUCCAAAUCCAAUGGUAUCCGGUUACGAACUUCUGGAAAACUUUUAGAAGCUUUAGAUGAGUUUGAAAAUAGUCUAUUUACUAAUCCGGAUCAAAAAUCGUCUGUACACAUACAAGAGCAUAUUCAGUUUUCGUUAAAGGGACUAUUAUCAUCAGUUUAUAAGUUGGUGGAUUCAUCGAAAUUAAAUUCAAAACGUCGUUCUGCUAUUGAUGAGUAUUGUACUCAGCUUAAAAAUAUUACAUCUGAAUUAAUAUCAGAAUAUUCUAAGAAAACUGUUGACGUUAGAGCGACAGAGAAAAUUAUACAGAAAUUAUUAAAAAUUAUCAAUUCAUUAAAACAGCUACUUAUUCGUUGUGCUAUUGAUUCAACAUCGAAUGCUUUUAUGGCUAAAGAAACCUGUUUAAUGGCAUUAAAUGAUGCAACAAAAUUUGGAUGUGAUCAACGCAUUGAUGCAGCUUGUCAAUUAUUUCAGAAACGUUCUGUAUCUAUGAUAUCAUCUGCUUAUCAAUUAUGUUCAUUGAGUACAGAUGAAGAAUGUUGCAGUAAAAUUCAAUUAGCUUGUCAACAAAUUGAACAACUUGUUCCACAAUUAAUUAAUAUAGCUUAUUUACUAUUUAAAUAUCCAUCUUCUAAGUCUGUUGAAUUAAAUUAUGAAGCAUUUCGUAAGGUAUAUGAAGAGUCGGUCAAUUUACUGUAUUCAUGUGUUAAUGAGUUAAUUGGUAUGCAUGAUUUCUUAGCUGUAUCCGAUGAUUUAAUGUUGUUGGAAUAUCAAAGAUCUAUUCGUGCUUUAUCGGAUAAAGAUGAAUUAAGCGUUCAACAAACAUCAACAUCAAUGCAACAACGUUCAGCUUAUAUUUGUGAAGUAAUAUUAAAUAAAAUGAUUGCACGAACUGAGAACAAUGAAUAUGUUGAUCAGGUGAUGGAAAAAGUUACAUUAAUACGUGAUCAAUAUACUCCAGAUUUUGUGAAUAUCGCACGUAAUACACUUAGUCGUUUAGCUGCUGGUCAGUCAGUCGAUGAAAAAGCCUAUCGCUACUCAGGUCAUGCUUUAUGCAAUGGUGUACAUGAUCUACGAUUAACUGUUUUAAAUGAAUGUGAUCUACCAUUUGAUAAUGAUAUUGAGUCAUUAAAUUUACAAGACAAUCACGGUAAUGUUGAUAAUCUCCAACCGUCGUCGUCUUCUCUGCCUCGUCUGCCUUCACCUCCUCUCCCUCAUAAUAAUUAUUAUCAUCGUCAUCGUGAUCAACAUUCAAAUGACAAUGAACAAACAGAAGUUUCAGUCGGUUCAAUGAAAGAUAAACAGAGAUCAAUAAGAGAAAUGGACAGAGUCAAUUCAAUGUUAGAAAAUAAUUCCACUUCUAAUUAUAACCAUAAAUCUCAUUCAUUUAAACAAUCCACUGGAGAUAUUCAUGCAUCACAAGAAAAUCAAUUAUCUGAAAGAAAUGAAGUUUUCUCUGUAUUGACAAGUCCACAACGUGAAACAAUGGCUGAAGAAUUAGCUGGAUUUCUAGCGGAAAAAAAACGCUUUAUGUGUGAAAUAGUUAAAUGGGAUGAUUCCGCUAAUGAUAUUAUUGUAUUAGCUAAGAAAAUGUGUGUAAUUAUGAUGGAAAUGACAGAUUUUAUACGUGGUAAAGGUCCAUUACAAUCUACAUUGGAUGUUAUCGAGGCAGCUCAAGAAAUAUCGGAACAUGGUAAACGUCUAAAUAGUCUAUGCCGACAUAUUGCAGAUAUGUGUCCAGAUUCAGCUAGUCGACGAGAUUUAUCCGCUUAUUUACAACGAGUUACAUUCUAUUGUCAUCAACUAAGUAUUACUAGUCGAGUGAAAGCUGGUGUUCACAUGCUCAGUGAUGAAAUUUUUGAAAGUGCAACUUCACUAAUACAAGCUGCUAAAAAUCUAAUGACAUCAGUUGUUUUAACAGUGAAAGAAAGUUAUAUAGCAUCAACUAAAUAUCGUGGUAGUUCUAAUCAACGUUGUAUAGUUCAAUGGCAAAUGCGUACACCAGAAAAAAAGUCAUUAGUAUCGGAUUAUUUAAAAAAUUCUUCAAUUUAUAAUCGUCACUAUCUAUUCGACGAGUUAAAUUCACAUCAUCCAGAUGCAUUGAAUGAAUUAUCACAAUUUAAGCAUCCACCAAGUUCAUAA